GGAGCUGGGUCGUGGCGGCCGCAUGCUGUUGGAUAACUUUCGUCAUCCAGGGGCUUGUGAGAUGUAGUGGGGUGGUUUAUGUGGCCCUCAUCGACGCUUACGGGGCCAACAGGGCGCAGGCCUCGUGGCCCUUCACUCUUCGAAUGGCCAUCUGGAACCUGAGUGGUCCGCUGGCGGGAGCUCUAAGUUACCGAUGGAGCAUUAGGACUAUUACCUUCGGAGGUGUUCUUCUAGUGACAAUAACCAACGUCAUUUGCUGGUUUGCAUCCGAUAUUUAUGUUGUCACUUUCUUUUUAGGAGGACUACAAGGUCUUGGCGUAGGUAUGGCUGUUACCCUGGUCCCUGUCAUUAUCAACCAGUACUUUUCCAAGUACAAGAGCACGGGCGCUGGAAUAGCAUGCGCUGGCGCUACAGCGGGUUCCUUCGCCCUGCCCCCCAUUGUUGAGUACGCCGUGGAAGAGUACGGGCUGUGCGGGGCUUUUCUCAUGAUGGCCGGAAUCACCCUACAUGGAAUUCUUGGGGCGGCGUUGCUGAGGCCUGCCCACUGGCUUCAACCUAAUAACAAAAAGAAGAAACUCAAAGGAGAUCAAAACCUAAACUUUUUGAUGUCUAAAUCAGUAGAAGCUUUGGACAAAGACGAAGUGAAAAGUCUUCUUAAAAACAGCAAAAAGACCGUGUGCCAAGAAAAUGGGUCAAAAUCAAUCAAAACUGUUAGAUUUGUUUGUGAUCAGGAGAAAAUACCUAAAAAUGAUCCUGAAAACGAGGAAACAUCAUUAUUAGAAAAUACAGUUCAUCCAAUUAUUGUAUCUUCUAACAAGGAGACUCCAAACGGAAUAGAAAUUUCUCGGGGCAGUAAUGGUGUGGGCCAUUUCGAUACCGGUUCUCGUACAGUAGUUAUGAAUAGUGACUACACCCAUAUUCUGGAGCCUUUAUCUUCGAAGAAUUCUGAUUUGGAAGAGGACCAAAAUGAAUCCUUCUCCUCCGGCAAACUUCAUUUCAAAGUUGUUGAAGAAGAAUAUGACCCCCAAAUCAAUCUCGCACCCGUGCAUUUGACACGUACCGUUUCUGAACACGAAUCUGAAACUGAACCAUUACCCAACAUGGUAUACUGCCCAACAACAGAACCUACGCCACCUUCCAGCUGGCUCGAUUCCGUGCUGGUGCCUGUCAAAGCAGCUUGCGAAAUCGUCAAGAAUCCUAUGUUCUUGAUCAUUGCCAGCAACUAUUCUGUCUUCUUUCUGUCCUACAUGACCUAUCUGAUCGUGAUAGUCGAUUACUCCUUGGAUUUGGGUGUCGACAGGACAGAUUCGGUGUUCCUCAUAUCUACCUUCUCUGUGGCCGAUCUCUGCGGUCGUCUCGGUUCAGGAUGGAUCACAGACAGUGGGAUUGUGAAGAGGAAACACUUGAUGAUGGUUAACAUGGUGACUGUGGGGGGAUUGCUGGUAGCCACUUCCUUCACAACUACGUACAUGGCUGUAACAGCGGUUUCUGUGUGCGCAGGCCUGAUUGUGGGAAUCAAUCUCAUCCUUUUCUAUGCCUUAUUGGAGGAAUAUCUGGGGCUAAAGCAGCUGCCAAUGGCUGUUGGGCUCAUGAAUUUCUCAAUUGGAGUGAUAUCAUUUGUGACACCUAUAUUAACAGGUUACUUCAGAGACACAAUGGGAAGCUACGAUCAUCUAUUCCAUUUUCUGGGAGGAGUUUCUAUAUUCUGUGGAUUGCUGUGGAUUCUGGAACCUAUGCAUGCAGCUUGCAACAAAAAGACUGUGGCGUUUGAGAAAACAUCCCCAUGCUGAUGUUUAUUUUUUUGUAUCAUUUUACUUAGUUCAAUUGUAUGUAAAUAAGGGAACAAUCAAACGGUAGAUGUACAUAAUCUUUGAAUAACGCCCGCGCAAGUGCAAGAUUUUCAGCUUAAACUUUUCGAAGGAAGAGUCAUAAACAACUGAUUUUAACAAAGGAAGAAAUAUGAAAACGUUACUAUUUCAUGAAAAUCAGCAAUUUUUCUACAGUACUGGAAAAAAAAUUGCAUCACCCUCGCAUUUUCACAACAAUAAGAUUAUGCGCGAAGUUUUGGUCGACCGAUUAACGAUGAAUGUGUGAAAUUCUGCAAAACUUAUGAAAUAAACAUUUAACAGCAGGAAUCCGAUAAUUGAUUACGUAGAUUUGGGCUAUUUCCGGGCCAAGGCAAACUGCUGACCUCAUGCUCAUUUUUCCAUUUCUGAACCUGCGUGUAAGUUUAGAGAAAAAAAAAAUUACUUAACCCAAUGUCAAUUUACGUCUAAUGGCAGGAUAAAGGUUUUUAAAUUGUUACUUACCAGUUUUGCCCUAUGGCACGGAGCAGAAUCAUCCUGGAAAAUGACGUUUGGAACUGAAGUAAAGUGAUUCCGGAUAGUAGGAAUCAAUUUCUCCUCCAAAAUGCUAAUAUACACCUGAGCGUUUACUGUUCCUUGGACAAAGUGAAGCCCACCAACUCCUUGAUCAGAAAUACAUCCCCAAAUCAUCUGGGAUACGGGAUGCUUGACUGUGUGUGUGUUGAAUGCAGUCGGGAGGAUAUUCCUCUCCUUUGCGGCGCGGGUGAUGCAAUU